AUGACGCUUGAGGUGAAGGGUAGUUCUUCUUCUGGGAUUAUGAUAUCUGCUAAUGGCACCUCUCUUAGUUUUACUCCCAUGGAAUUUGCUAUCAUAACCGGAUUGAAUUGUGUGUCUAAUAGGUAUGACUUUACUUUUGAUGAGGGUGUACCAAAUGGGAUGAUUGAAAAAUAUUUUAAUGGGACAAAAAUUAUACAGAAAAGACAACUAUUUUUAGCAUUCACGGAGAAAGUAUGGGGGGAGAAUAAUGAUGAGGAUGCUAAGAAAUUUGCAAUUCUAUAUUUCCUACAUUCAUUUGUGUUGUCUAACAUUGACACUGUUGUUAUACCCUGUCUUCAUUUUGAUUUGGUAGAUAGUGGUAGAUAUAAGGAUUUUCCAUGGGGUUCUUUAACUUUUGAAGAUCUGGCUAGAAGUUUGAACAACCGACUGAAAGCUGGGGGCAAAUUUUAUUUGAUUCAGGAAAUGCCAUUGGCUAUUCAAGUAUGGCUAUAUGAGUGUUGUUCAAAUGUCCCACCAAAGAUUGCAUUGAAAGUUGAGACUCGAAUUUCCCGAUUAUUAAAUUGGAAGACGAUUGCACCUCGUCCACAUUAUGAGUUUUUGAUGAAUGCGAUGUUCAAGGACAAUGGCAAGGUUGUAUUUAAGAACAUAGAGCCAAUUGAAAUGGAAAUGGCAAAGCUUGAAAUACCAAAGAAGGAUGUAACUGAAGAUGAACGUUCAGUUGAUUCUGACGAUGACUUCCAGGAUCCACCACCAAAGAAGAUCAACAAACUUUCAAAGAAGAAACAGAAGGUGGAUUCAUCAACCCCAGUAGCGAAGAAACCUGCAGGGAAAAAGCAAGUGAAUAUUGAUGACGCGCAUACCCAAACGAGGACUCCACCUCAUCAUGCUGUCAAGGCUGCUGUAAUGAAGACACCAGUAUUCAAGUCAAUUCCAACACGACAGGCUUCUUCUUCAAAAACAAAGGAAGGGAAGAAAACAGUUAGGGUUACUUUUCCUCAGGUUUGUCAAAAGUUUAAAGGAGUCCGUGAAGAGUUUACUCGAAUUCGUCAAUUAGUGAAGAAAAAGUUCAAAAAAAUGGUUAAAGCAAUUGAACAUAGCAAGCAACAACAUGAAGAUGCAGAGGUUGAAGCACAACAGAUGGAUUAUGCUGGUGUUGAAACAUCACCACAACAAUUCAGUCCUAUUGUUGACCAAAAUUUGGAUGAGAAUCAGGAUGAUUACUGUGAGAAAUUGGAUGAUACAAAUUUGUCUGAUUCGCAGUUUACAAUCCCAGAUGAGUUGUUACCAAGUCUUAAUGCAUACCGAAGAGAAAACAUCACGAGACAUCCAUUGGCAACUUCGGAAGAAGAACAAAUCAAUGAACAUUUUAAUGAUAAGAAGUCCGAAUCUGUUGUUCAAGAGCAUUGUCAGAAAAACAAAGAGAACGUUGAUUCGAGCUCUAAAGCAGACAUGCACGGAGAGGUUGAUGUUGGUACGGAGGAGCAGAUUAUGACAACUCCUAAAACGCAAGACUUAACCAUUGAUGAAAAAGGGGAUGAAACAGUUUUGCCUGAUUCACAAGACACAAUCUCUGAUGACUUGCUUUCUACUUUGAAUGUAUACAGUAGUAAAAGCAUUAUUGUUCAUCCCUCUGCUAAUCGUGAAAUUCAAACUCCUAUUGCUAAGUUAAGGAUUAAGAGACCAUCCAAAUUCAAAGAGUCACCUUACACGAUGAAAUUUGUUUCAGCUGGCGAGAGCUCGGAAGGACACAUACGUAUAUUCCCACAGAAACAUCCAUUUGUUUAUCAUUCAAUUGAUGGGAUUGUGGAUACGAAAAUUGUCAACAAGUUUAGGGAUUAG